CGGCGCUGCUGCAGUUUGAGGAAGUUUGAGAUGCUUGAGUCACAGUUUAUUUGCGCUCGUCGUUAUCUGACAGUCAAAAUAGGCGCUGCGCUUCAAAACCGGAUCGGACUAACGUUAACGGGAAAAAAUCCUUCGCUCGGGACCGCCGCGACAAACCACGCUACACAAUGGGAGCAUCCUCAUCCAGUCUGUUGGACGAGAGUAAAAUAAGCUACAUACGAGGCCGGACAGAGGCUGAGCUGAAGAACUUUAGUCCUCAUUACAGAAGGCAAAGCUGUGUUGCCUUCUAUUGCCAUCUGAAGGAUGAGGUGGAGCAGCACAGAGCAGGACAAGCCCAGCUCCUCAAACAGAAGGAGCCUCUGCAGGCCUCAGAGGUCCUGCACAAGGAUAGCGUGCUUUACCUUGAUGACAACAGAAAGUGGAGAGAGAGAUUUGUCGUGGUCCGUGCCGACCAUAGCCUGGAGCUGCACGAUAGCCAGGAGUCAUAUACAAAGGGAACCCCUGCCCGCCACAAACUCCUGCCAACAGGGGGCACAGUGUUGACCUCAGAGGAGAAAUACACUGCUGUCGUAGACAAGGCCUUCCCUGAUCCUAAUGGUUCUAAAGAAGAGCCCUCCGUUCCUGUGGUGGCGGUUCCCGGUCCGCUUCCUGUGUACCUGAGACUGCCUUACAGACGAGAUUCGUACUUCUGUUUCCAGCAGGAGGAGAAGCGAGCCCGCUUCGUCUCGAUCCUGAACGACUGCAUUCGGCAUCAGAACCAAGAUUAUCUGAAGAGUAUGGAAUUUGAGGUGCAGGCUUUCCUAAAGGCCAUUCACUUCUACAGGCAGGAGAAGGGUCACUAUGAAUCAUGGGAUAUGCUAGUGGGCACUGACUGUCAGGUGCUGGCUAACCUGGUGAUGGAGGAGCUGCUGCCCUCACUGCAGACAGAGCUGUUGCCCAAGCUGAAAGGAAAGAAGCCAGAGAGGAAGAGGGUGUGGUUUGUGACAGUGGAAGCGACCUACGAGCUUGUGCAUGAGCAACUGCGAGAAGGACUGGAGAGUUUGAAAAAUGAGUGCAGAGAAGCCACCAAACAGCAGGAGGCACUCAUCCGCUCAGAUAUGGACCAGAUCAUCAACUCACAAACAUUCCUGGAAACUAAACUGCAAGCUCUAGUAUCAGAGCCAGCUGUGAAAUACUGCUCAGAGAGUGUGGCUCCAUACCUGACCUCAAUCCUGGAGGAGCUGAUGGGUCCGGUCAGCGCAGGCUUCCAGGCCGUGAGGCUGCUGCUGGAGGACGAGCUGACCCGAAUCUGCAAGGAAUUCCCUCAGGGGGGAGUCACAGAGGAACUUCAGAGCGCUUUGCAGCAGGUGGGUCGUGACCGGAUGGAGGACUGUUACCAGCAUGUGAACGUCCUGAAGGAACAGCUCCAGGAACUUCGCAACCGCUUCAAGUUCUCCAACUCGACACAGGUUGUUCACUGCACCCAGAGUCAAAUGCAGCAGUUGAUGGAGAAUGCUGUGUACACAUUUGAGCUCCUGCUUCAGUCUGCCUUAAAGGACAAACCUGACAAACAGGCCUCAGUCAUAGAGAAAGCCAAGCUGCGUGUCCUCAAGCAAUUUGACUAUGACAACAGCACAGUAAGGAAGAAGAUUUUCCAAGAGGCCCUGGUUGACAUCACUCUGCCAGCCAUCAAGAGAAACCUGGCGCCUGCCUGCAAAACUGAGCUUCAGAAUUUUGAACAGUUCAUCUUUGCUGAUUACACAAACUUUGUUCAAGUGGAGAAUGUCUACGAGAACAUACUGCUCAACCUUUUGAAUAAUGAAGUUAACAAAGUGGUGAAGGAGGCAGCCAGUCUGAAGAAGAACAACCUGUUUGCUGACAGUACUGACCUGCAGUGUGUUAGUCAAAGCAGCCUGGCUGACAGCCGCACGCCGCCCCUCUCCGCCCCCUCCAGCCCACCACAGGUAUUGGCCUCUGUGGCUUUCUGUCAACAAGCAGAGCAGAAGAUCACCUCUCCAUCAAGAGGAUUCGUCAGCGAAGACACCCAUCAGACACACGAUGCCUCAAUCAUUCCUACGGUGAAGAUUACAGUAUCUUCUCCAGAACCUACAUCACCAUUAAAUGUUUCUGAAACAACUCAACCAAUAUUACCUAAUAAUUCAUCACCCAUUCCAGAGGUCUCAGAGACUGAAGUGUCCUCAACCAAACCAGAAACCAUCUUAUCUGCAGAAGAUUCAUCUACACAACCAGAGACACCUUCUUCUAAAGAGAAGGAUGAAGUUACUGAAGGAUCUUCUGUUAAUACAGACCGAGCAGUCUAUCUCAGCUCAACAGCUGAAGAAACUCCUGUUCCUCUCGUUAUCGCCCCUGAAACCCUAAACGUGGAAGCAGAUGAAGCAAGCGAAAGUAUAAGUCCUCCUAAAUCUGAAAUCAAAGAGGAAUCUGUACAUAUCGUCCAACCUGACGUUAACCUGACAAUCAACGCUGAAGUUCUCCCAGACGUAUGUGUUGAAGACACCGCUGUGGGUGCCAGUGUUUCUGAUGAGCACGUUGUUGAGGAUAACAAGGCAUGUGAGGCAGCGCCUUCCAGUGAUGAGAAUAGAAAUGAAACCCAAGACAGUCUUGCCGUGGAUGCUUCUCCUCCUCUCGACUCGGUUCCUGAUGGUCUGGUAGGGGGCGCUGUUGCUUUAACAUCAGAUGUGGAGAACCAGAUUAGCGCUGUGAGCACAGAUUCCCAGGAAGAGACCGCUGACAGUGUGAUGGAUAUCAGGAAUCUCAUCAUGGAGGUCAUCGAGGUAGAGGAUGUAGUGAGACCUUGUGCUGAAAACCAGCCUUAAAACGGUUUAAAUGAUGUUCUAAUGUGUUUUUAUCAACUAUUGAGCUCUGCUAACAAAACCAACUACAGUGUUUCCAUUUAAUAUUUUCUGUUUUUUAGUUACAUCAUUUUUUCAUACACAUUUUCUAUUUUCAGUAAUAAUCUAAAUUUUGACUCGCACAGAAACCAAGUGACUAUGUAAACAGAAUUCUUUUUGUAACACUUUAUCUUUUAACAUAUUAACAAAAAACUAUAUACAUAUGCAUAUAGAUAAUUAAAUAUAUAUAUAGAGGGCUGUUUCUACUUGCACAGUUUUUUCAGUACUUAAUUUUAAGCUUUUGUUGUUUGUUUU